GUUUGGUAGUGUUUGACUGCGUGCAUCUUAGUUGUGCAGAGAUCAGGUGCUCAUCAUACUUUGUAUUCGUUUGAUCCUACAUUUUGAGUCAAUAAAAAUGCCCUUUAACGAAAAAUAUACCUGGAAUCAAAUUACCGGCUCCUUUGAAUUGCUUGCUUUUUCGAAGUUUCAUGGUUUCGUUCAGAGUACAAUCACCACAGAAAGGUCAAAGAUGAACGUGUUGAAAACUUCACGAACCUAUCACCUCCGACCGUGCGCCUCCGGGGGCGUCGACGUCAGCGUUUGGUCUGAUGAUGAGCAACGGCAGAUCGAUGGAGCAACGGCAGGUCUGGUUUCUAAUCCUAUCUGCGUGUUCACCUAGGAGUCUGAGUUGAUGAUACCUAAUCCAACUCGGAACACGGCAAUUAAUAAGUCGCAACGAAGCACUCCUUCCAUAAAAAAAAUAGAAACCCUGAAAUCACAACUCGAUCGACUUCAAGGUUCAAGUUGCCGCCGUCGUGUCGCGUCGGUCGAUCGACAACCAUUAGCGAUGGGACAACGUCGGCGGCUGCUGGAGCCUGAUGGCGGCGGCGGCGGCGAGAUCCCUAGCGAGUUGCUGCAGGAGAUCCUGGUGAAGCUGCCGACGAAGGACGUCGCCCGGUCCCGCUGCGUCUCCAGGCUGUGGCGCGGCGUCGUCGGCGACCCCUCCUUCCGCAGCCUCCACGCCGCCACCUACGUCCCGCCCGCGGCGGAGGUCCUGCUCGUCUCCGAGACGCGCGAGCCUGACGGGGCCAGCUUCUUCCUCACGUCCUCCGGUAAGGCCAGGGCCAUGCGCUCCGUCGCCAUCCCCAGCGACUACGGCCUCGCCAACGUCUGCAACGGCCUCCUCUGCUUCGUCCACCGCCACAAUGCCGCGGCGCCGGCGGUGGUGUGCAACCCCGUCACCGGCGAGACGCUGGCGCUCCCGGAGCCGCCUCCGCUCGCUGCCGAGGGCGAGCCGCAGCACCUCUUCGCCCUGGGGUUCAGCCCGCCCACCAAGGAGUACAAGCUGUUCAGGCUCUCGUCCACGGUCGUGGACGUGUACACCCUGGGCGACGCCAGAGGCUGGCGCCGGCACGCGAACCUCUCGCUGCCGCAUCCAACCAAGAUCACGGCCUGGGCGCCACGGCUGAUCGGCGGCAAGCUGUACCUGCUCACGACCGGUUGGAACCGAGUACUGGUGGUCGACGUGGCUACCGAGACGUGCCGAGCGCACCGCCUCCCGGCGCAGAUGAUCGUCGCCUAUGAUGAGCAUAUACCGCGGGUGGGCGCCUUUGAGCUCGACGGCCGGCUGUGCUUCGCGCUGCACACCGACAGCACGCCCACGGCCCUCCAGUUUUGGGUCAUGUCGCCGCCGGAGGACGGGAAGCAGCUGCGGUGGGAUCGGCACUACUGCUUUGAGAUCAACGAGGCUUUCAACCACUUGGGACCUUGGAGCGCAUGGGUCGACGGUGGCGAGAUGCUCUGCUACAUGCACGGCGACACUCUGCACAUGUAUGGCACGAGAGGACGCUCGCCGCCGACGAUUCUCGGCGGCGUUCAAGUGUUGCAGUGGGACCAGCGGCUCCACAUCCCAGAGUUCCCAUUAUGGUGGGAAACUUCGAAAUGUCAAUGGAACUUCCACGGGGGCUACCGUCCCACCCUUCUCUCGCCUCUCGUCUUUGCAUUGCCGCCUUCCCAAGACGAUGUGCAAAAGAAAGGGAGCAAAGGAAUAUAA